AUGGCUCCUACACUCUCACAACAAUACCUAAGUACUCGCGGUGCUGAGUAUGGGAGAUCCUUUGAAGAUGUUGUUCUUCAAGGCCUGGCCUCAGAUGGAGGUCUCUUCAUCCCGGAGGAAAUGCCCACCCUCCCAAAAUCAUGGGAGACCGAAUGGCGGGAUCUGAGCUUCGAGGAUUUGGCCCUCGAAAUCAUGUCGCUCUAUAUCUCUACCGACGAGAUUCCCCGAGAAGAUCUUAAGACCAUUAUCUAUAAGUCAUACUCGACUUUCCGUCACCCCGAGCGCACUCCUUCAGUCCUCCUCGAAAAGAACCUCUACUUGCUAGAGCUAUUCCACGGCCCCACCUUUGCGUUUAAGGAUGUUGCGCUCAGCUUCCUCGGAAACCUGUUUGAGUAUUUCCUUGUUCGCAAGAAUGCUGGAAAGACUGGCAAGGACAGACACCACCUGACCGUUGUUGGUGCCACCAGUGGUGACACUGGUUCGGCUGCUAUCUACGGACUCCGCGGCAAGAAAGACGUCUCGGUAUUCAUUCUCUUCCCCGAUGGCGGCCGAGUCUCCCCCAUCCAAGAAAAGCAAAUGACCACGAUCCUUGACCCUAAUGUUCACAACCUCACCGUCGCGGGCUCGUUCGAUCACUGCCAGGAUAUCGUCAAGGCCCUCUUCGCUGAUGAAGACCUUAACUCCACCCACAACAUCGCCGCGGUCAACAGCAUUAAUAUGGCCAGAAUUUUGGCCCAGAUUACCUACUUCUUCUACUCCUACUUCUCCCUCACCAAGACCGACUCGUUCAACAAGGAUUCCAAGGUGCGAGUGGUCGUCCCGUCCGGCAACUUCGGCGACAUCCUUGCCGGCUGGUUCGCCAAGCAGAUGGGUCUUCCCAUCGAGAAACUGGUGAUUGCCACCAACGCCAAUGACAUUCUCGACCGCUUCUUCCGCAGCGGCGGCCACUACACCAAGAAGGCCCUCGACGCCCCCUCCGACCACGGCGUCAAGGAAACCCACAGCCCAGCUAUGGACAUCCUCGUCAGCAGCAACUUCGAGCGUCUCCUCUGGUUCCUUUCCUACCAAACAGCCAACGGCAACGAAGCCGAGCGCCGCAAGCACGCCUGCGAAAGCGUCAGCGGGUGGCUCAACCAGCUCAAGACGGAGGGCGGCUUCCAAGUCCCCAGUGCUGUCCUCGAGGCCGCCAAGGUCGAUUUCGAGAGUGAGCGCGUUAGCAACGAGGAAACUAUCUCUAUGAUCCGUGAUAUCUACAAGACCUCCUUCCCCAAGGGUCUUGGCCCCGGCUCUGCCAAGAGCUCCAAGACCGGUGGCUACAUCCUUGACCCCCACACUGCUGUCGGUGUUACUGCCACGCGCCGCUCUUUGGCACGUAACCCGGAUGCUGUCCAUAUCUCUCUGUCCACUGCCCACCCGGCUAAGUUUGCUAGCGCUGUUGACCUUGCUCUGCGUGCGGAGGAUGGUUACGACUUCACUGAGAUCUUGCCCCAAGAGUUCAUUGGUCUGGAGCAGCGUGAGAGCCGAGUCACCCCCGUUGGCGAGAGUGCUGGCUGGCAGGGUGUUAAGGAGAUUGUCAAGGCCGAGCUUGAGCAGGAGCUGCAGGGUUUGCGGUAG